AUGUCUUACAGUAUUCCCUCGAUCGCGUAUCAGGCUGAUCAAGAGUCUUCAUUAGCAGAGCAUCUCGGCAGACUUAAACUGUCCUACAGAGUUUGUAUAAAAUUUGUUCCAAGCAGUCAAAACAAGAAGGUUUGUGUAUGCAAUCGAUCGGAACGACUUCAUCGUCAAAAAGGAGAAGACGAUGAAAAAUGGAAUAUGCGAACUCAUACUGAAUCUGUGUUGUUCACACAUCAAAGUUCACUGAUAAACAAUAAUGCUUUCUUUGUCCGCAUCGCUCCUGAUACAACAAUGAGUAAAAUCGAAGAAUUAUUGCUUCAUGUGUGGCAAAUUCCGAAAUCUAAACUAAUUAUGUCGAUUAUUGGCAGCACAACGUAUUCGAAUUUCACUGAUCGAGUAGAAUCAACUUUAAUGCGAGGCAUUGUUAAUGUCGCGAACAAAUCAAAUGUAUGGAUAAUAACAAAUGGAUACAAUAAUCGCAUCGUACGACUCGUGGGACAAGCGAUCAAAAAACUUAAAUUACAACACGCAAACAAUGAAAUAAUUGCUAUUGGUAUAUGUAAAUGGGGAUCAGUUAAAAAUGUGCAAAAUUUAAUAGAUUCUGAUGGAACGGAAACAAUAAAACAGUCGAAUAAUGGAAAUAUAUCUGUAUAUGAACAGGAAGAUGAAGAGCAGAGAUUUUCAAAAAUUGAACAAUACGAACUUGAAGCCAAUCACAGUCACUAUCUAAUGUUAGACGAUGGAAGAUACGGAUACCCCGAUACGGAAGAUUUUCGAACACGAUUAUGUCUGAAAAUGGCGAAUCUAGAAAUCUAUGAUAAACCAUACACGCCAGUCGUUACGGUUGCAGUCGGGGGAGAUCUUGACACUAUCGCAAAUAUUUUCUACGAUUUAAGCGAAAACGUUCCUGUUGUCAUCACUGCCGGUAGCGGAAAAGCAUGUGAUUUCUUCACUCGUUGGCUGCUAUAUACAAAUCAAUUCGAUAAUCCGUCGAGUGAAAGUGACAUCUUGUAUGGUAUUAAUGAAUUGUGUGAAGAUAAAAAGAAAUCUUCGCGUUCACGACCGCCUCAUGUGAUCAUUGAUGGUCACAGAACCAUUCUUUAUACUUUGUUGCAUCUCGAUUCUUCAGACUACUACACACGAUUGAAAAAUGACUUACGACGUACAUUUUUUGCACAAGGUGAUCUCGACGAGUUGAGAUUACGAAAUGUAGAUGUUUCAACUGAUGAAAAGCAAGAUGAGUUGUUAUCAAGAACAGUGCGACGAGUUCUAUUUUGUCUUCAACCGUCCCUUCGCCGAAAUAUUACGAUAUUCAAUUUGAAUUCAGAAAGCAGUUUUUCCGACACAUUGUUCGGAAGUAUUUGCAGAUCUUAUGAAACAUUCUUGAGUAUGAAAACAAAGCGAUGCGAAAUGAUCAGCGCAGAACGAAAUAUUUCUGACUACGGAAAACUAAACGAUGGAAAGUCCAAACUACUGCAAUUGGCGAUGGAUUGGAAUUGUAUUGAUGUAGCGAAAGAGUUUGUCCUACAAAAUUGCUUAGACAACAUAUUGAAUCCAGAGGAGAUAUUUAUCGAAGCUCUGCAACGAAAUCUACCCGCUUUCAUUGAUGAAUUUCUCAAAUUAGGCGUUGAUCCAGGUGAAAUUUUCUUUCCACGAAAUGCAUUUCUAGGGUCAAAUGAACGAUACGAUAAGUUUAUAAAAGAUCUUUAUUCAACUGAACAUAUUAACACAACUUCAUCACCAAUACAAACAUUUAUUGAUGCGAAUGAAAAAUUAGCCAACAAAAGGAUUGAUUCAAUCGACGCACUUAAUGUUAUUUUUCGUGUUCUUAUUGGUGAUUAUAUACAUAAUCUGUAUUUCGACACAUAUAAAAGCGAAUACGAGAAGCGUAUGGAAUUCGGAUUGACAAAACGAAAUACGAAAGGAUCGACUGAUAUCUCACUACCAACCAAUGAGACAGCCAAAGAACUUGCUCAAGAUUACAUCAUGCGUGAUCUGUUUCUGUGGGCGAUUCUGAUGAAUUAUGUCGAGAUGGCCAAAGUUCUUCUAUCGCAUAUGAAAUAUCGCAUUUGUCCAGCAUUGAUUGCCACGAAAAUCUUCAAAGAAUAUCAUGAAAAAGCCAUCCACGAAGAUCUGAAAAUUGACUACGAGACAAGUACAACAUACUUCGAACAAUAUGCAAUUGAUUGCCUACGGGAAUGCGUGGAAAAUAAUGCAGAUCGCGCAUGUUUAAUAAUCUUACAACAAAACAAGCUAUAUGGCUUUGUCACUUGUUUACAAGUGGCUGCUGAAGCAGACGACAAAUCUUUCAUCGCUUUGCCAUGUUGUGUUGAAGCUUUGAAUAGUAUUUGGUACGAUAAGUUAUUUCCUGAACAGUCGAGAAAGCGCGAUAUACUAGCAUUGAUGUUGGGAUUUGUGACGUUUGGAUUGACUGCACCUGUAACUGUACGUUAUAGAGAAGUUGUAGAAGGUCGACAUGGCGAAUCUUUAACAAAGAUUGUAAGCUCGAAUGGAAUUACUUAUUGUGAUUCGUAUCCGCUUCAAUAUCCACGGAUAUCUGAUUCCAAUUCUGGAUUAAAUCGGUAUCUACAUCGGUGGAAAAAUUUUCAUUUAUCACCAAUGGUCAAAUUCACUUACGAUUUUGUAUUUUACUGCUUCUUUCUUUUACUCUUCUCGUAUGUUCUACUAUUCGACUUUUCACUACCAACUAACCACUCACCGUCGAUUCAUUGGACUGAAAUCACGACUAUUCUUCUAGUUAGUGGAAUGCUAAUUGAAGAAAUACGAUUUUUUCUGGUUCAAGAUAAUCUUACCUUGAUCGGCAAAUCGAAGAAUUAUUUUCGCGACUUAUUUAAACUUAUGACACUACUAGCAUUUAUACUUUUCUACAUUGGAUUAAUUCUACGAUUUGUAUAUGCAGAUUCAGAAGAGAAAUUUGUUGUAGCAAGAGUAAUUAUGGCCUUCGAUAUUGAAUUGUGGUGGUUACGAUUUUUAUCGUUCAUCAUUGUAGUACCAUUCCUUGGACCACAACUUGUCGCUAUUUGGAAAAUGCUCAAAGAUCUCUUAUUCUUUCUCUGCAUCAUUGCCAUUGUCAUGAUUGCCUAUGGUGUCGCUUCCCGUUCCAUGGUCUACUAUCCCAAAGCCAACGGCUUCACCACCGACACAGGCGGUCUUAUCGAUACUCGAUUCGAUGGUCGAAGCAUCUUUCGUAACGUCAUCUAUCCUGUCUACUACUUUCUCUAUGGUGAAUUCGACAACGAACUCAUGAGUCUCGACGGUCAUGCAGAUGCUGGAUGGUCGAUCUCCACCCACGUGCUACUUGCUGUUCAUCUGAUCUUUGUGAAUAUUCUUCUGACGAAUCUUCUCAUUGCCAUCUUCAGCAAACGAUAUGAUGAAGUAUAUGACGAGACGAAGAAGAUUUGGCACUAUCAACAAUAUUUCUUUGUUCGUGACUACUUCACACGAUCACCAUUUGUACCCCCCAUAAGUCUGGUGAUGAAUUUAGCUUCACUACUUCGAAUGGCGUAUCUCUUUGUUAUAAAAGAACAAAUCCAAGGCAAAAGUGCAAGAUUUACGAAGAAAAUUUUCAAAAUAAUUCCUAGAAACGAAUCGCAUGUCAAAAAAUGGUGCCGAUUCGAAGGUGCAUCUACGUAUAAGUAUGCACAUGAUGUAGUGAAAACAUCCAAAUCGACUACAAAAGGAGUAUCUUCUACGACAAAUUCAACGGAGAUUGAUAAAGGACAAUAUGUAGCGAAUAUGGAAGCUAACACAAAUGCAACUGAGAACAGUGUCAAACAAAUCCAAGAUUGCUUGAUAAAAUUACGUUCGUCAACCGAGGAAAUGCGUAAACUACUUACGGGAACUCACAAAGCGUGA